UUAACACAAAUACAAACAUCAACAAUUGCAAAAAUUGGCCAUCACCAACAGGGACGCCAUUUUGGCUAUCGGCCGGCUGAUUUGUAAAGCUUAGGAGAGCCAGCCAGCAAAAUUUGCAAAAAAGUACAUAAAUAGUUUUAACAUUUUGUGCAGCAAUUAUGAAAUUCUAACAGUCAAGCCUUAAGCAAGUCUGAGUGCAAAUAUCGUGGCAAAUUAGUGCGACAGUGUAAAUUAAUGCGUAUAUUAAGGAAAACGCACAGUGUUUUUAGGGCGGAUGCACAAAAUGUUUAUAGAUUUUCGCAAUUGUGUCCGUUGAGCAGAAAUAUGUAAACUAAAUGCAGCGCGCCGCAAACAGCAGCAGUGCAUGCAAAAAUAAUAAUAACAACAACAAUAGGAAUAACACCAACAAUAAUAAUAACAACAACAGUGAGAACAAUUUCUUAUUGGGACAAUAAUAAGAAGAAGAAGAUCAAACUGAAGGCAAGAAGAAACUUAUCUAAAAAGGUUUACAUACGUCGUCAAACCAAAAAAAAAAUAAAAAAUAAAAACAGGAGGAGGCAACACAGACGCCGACGCUGACGCUGACGCCGACGCCGACCAACAGUGCCUAUGUACAUUGGUUACAAACAUUGUUCAUUCAUUUGAUUACUUACCCCCAAACCAAACCCAUAAACAAUAAUAAGGAGUAACGGUGUUAACAGAAGUGUGCCCGUCUCUGUCUCUCCGGAACCAGGACUGCCAUAGUCAUAGUCAAUAGUCAAAGCCAAAGCCGCCCAGCGUAGACUUCUGUAGAAUUACGAUACGAUACACACACAGUACACACCUACACCAGCUCCAACACACACACACAUACAGACCGAUUGACACACACUUAAGCUCUCACUCACACCUGAUAAGCAGCCAACAUAAUAGAACGAACGACGACGGCGUUUAGCAUUUGUGACGUUGGUGCAGCCACAGGGCGCAGAAAUGACAUUCGAUACGCGCCGGCAGGGCACAGGAACUGGCCAAGCCACGACCAACAACAGCAGCAGCACCACCUCCACAACCAACACCAACACCACUACCACCACCAACAGCACCACCGCCACCACGGGCGUAACGAGCACAGCUCAAGACGCUGGCUCUGUUACGGGCACAGGCACUGGAACGGGAACGGGCACAACAUCGAACAUGUCCAGCACGGGUGGCGAUGCCAACAAUAGCAAUACGAGCAGUCAGGAUGCGAACCAACUGACGGAUGCACCAACAGCAGCAGCAGCAGCAGGUGUUAACGCUGCGGAGAGCGCCGCCUCAGCAAUGUCGCCGGAAAAGCUGAUAGCGUCAUUUCCAACUGCCAAGCUGCGAUCCCUGACACAAAAGAUUUCCAAUCCGCGAUGGGUGGUGCCCGUGCUGCCCGAACAGGAGCUGGAAGUCCUUUUAAAUGCCGCAAUCGAACUGGCCCAGGCUGGUGUGGAUCAUGACUGUGAGCCGUGCGUUGAGUUUUAUCGCAAUGGCUUGACCACAUCCUUUGCUAAGAUCCUAACCGACGAGGCGGUCAAUUCGUGGAAAUAUAACAUACAUCACUGCAUUUUGGUGUCGUGUGGCAAGCUGUUGCAUUUAAUUGCGAUACACAUGCAGCGCGAUAACCCCUAUCUCUUGGAUUUGCUGGCCAUUGUUUUCGAUCCGGAAAAUAAGUUCAACACGUUCAAUGCGGCACGCCAGCCGGAAUGCUUUGCGGCACCCGACUGCAUUUGGGGAGUGCUGGACAGUAAUAAGAUGUAUGCGAAACCACCGCCAGAGCCGAAGAACCCUCGUGGCUGGCUAGUCGAUCUCAUAAAUCGCUUUGGGCAGUUGGGCGGAUUCGAUAAUCUGCUCGAGCGAUUCAACAGCGGCCUGGAAUUGCUAAAACGCAAUCAGAACUCAAAGGGGACAGUAAAGAGCAUCGCGUCUAAUGAGAGCAUGGGCGCGGACGGAGCCGGACAGGACAAUCGACUGACGCUGUCGUUGAUACACAGCCUGCUGCGACCAUUCGGCCAAUGCUACGAGCUGCUGACGCCGGCAACCAUUGCCAAGUACUUUAUGCCCACUUGGAAUGUGGUGCUGGAUCUGCUUGAUAGUUUCACUGAUGAUGAGCUGAAGCGCGAAGUGAAGCCGGAGGGACGAAAUGACUAUAUUAAUGGCAUUGUGAAGUCGGCGCGGUCCCUGGCCAGCCGAUUGACGGGCCAAGAGGAGCUGAUCCGUGAUCUUGAGAUGUUUCGCCUUAAAAUGAUAUUGCGCCUGCUGCAGGUGUCCAGCUUUAAUGGCAAGAUGAAUGCCCUGAAUGAGAUCAAUAAGGUACUCUCCUCGGUGGCAUAUUACUCGCAUCGUUCUCAGCCGCUACCUCAUUGUUUGCCCGAGGACGAGAUGGAUUGGCUGACGGCAGAGCGCAUGGCUCAAUGGAUCAAGUCGUCCGAUGUGCUCGGCAUUGUGCUCAAGGACUCGCUGCAUCAGCCUCAGUAUGUGGAAAAGCUGGAGAAGAUCAUACGCUUUCUAAUUAAAGAGCAGGCAUUGACGCUUGAUGACCUGGACGCCGUGUGGCGAGCACAGGCUGGCAAGCACGAAGCUAUUGUUAAGAACAUGCAUGAUUUGCUGGCCAAGCUAGCUUGGGACUUUACGCCCGAGCAACUGGACCAUCUGUUCGAAGCGUUCCAGGCCAGUAUGACGACCGCCAAUAAGCGUCAACGGGAGCGUUUGCUGGAGCUAAUCAGGCGUUUGGCCGAAGACGAUAAGAACGGCGUGAUGGCACAGAAAGUGCUGAAGCUCUUCUGGACACUGGCACAUAGUCAAGAGGUGCCGCCUGAGGUGCUUGAUCAGGCAUUGGGUGCGCACGUUAAGAUACUGGAUUACAGCUGCUCCCAGGAGCGAGAUGCUCAGAAGACCAUUUGGCUAGAUAAGUGUGUGGGCGAACUGAAGUCUGGUGAUUCGUGGGUGUUGCCCGCUUUGCGUCUCAUUCGGGACAUAUGUUGCUUAUACGACACCACGCCCAAUCAUGCGCCACGCACUCAAACGGGUACCAAUCGGCUGCAGGUGAUAGAGCGUUUGCAGAACGAUUAUUCGCUUGUUAUCCUGGUCACGAACAGUUUGACUGCGUAUAUGGAAAAGGUGCGCGCUAUGGUUAAUGAGAACCCCAGUCUGGAUCCAGCCACCAUUAUGGUAGACGGACGAUUUCCCCAUCAUGCUCAGAUUGCAGAGCGUCUGGAGUUUCUGAAGUUCUUGCUGAAGGAUGGCCAGCUUUGGCUUUGUGCUGAUCAGAAAUCAUUGCUAUUUCCGCCACAGGCAAAGCAAAUCUGGCAUUGUCUGGCUGUGAACGCCGUUUUUCCGUCUGAUCGCGAGGAAUGUUUCCGCUGGUUCGGUAAACUAAUGGGCGAAGAACCAGAUCUUGAUCCUGGCAUUAACAAGGACUUUUUUGAGAAUAAUAUACUCCAAUUGGAUCCGCAACUGCUGACGGAAAGUGGCAUUAAGUGCUUUGAGCGCUUCUUUAAAGCUGUCAAUUCUAAGGAGGACAAACUGAAAGCCAUACAUCGAGGCUACAUACUCGACAAUGAGGAUCUCAUUGGCAAGGAUUAUCUUUGGCGCGUGAUAACCACCGGGGGCGAAGAGAUUGCCAACAAGGCCAUUGAUCUACUAAAGGAGGUUUCGACAGCUCUGGGACCACGGCUGCAGGAACACAUCACCCAGUUCCACGAGAUGUUCAUUGGCGAGUGCUGUUCGCGUUUGCGCACGCACUACAGCAACAUUCUCAUACUGGGCAAGACGAUGCUGGAGGAUGCUGAUAAUCAGGACUCCAACAAUGAUAAUUCGAAGGACACUAAAAUGCGAUUCAUCGAGGCGGAGAAGAUGUGCCGCAUCAUCAAGGUGCUGCAAGAGUAUAUUAAAGAAUGCGAUCGCUCCUUCAGCGGCGAUCGGAUCCAUCUGCCCCUCAGUCGCGUCACGCGCGGCAAGAAUACUAGUCUCUACAUUCGUUUCCAAACGCCUGGACGACCCAUUGAUGACAUUGAGAUCAUUACGCAUAGCAACGAGACAAUGGCGGCAUUCAAACGGAACCUGCUGAAGCGCAUUAAAGGCAACUCCACAUCCAAUACCAACAUAAAAGUGGACCUCUUCUAUACGAACGGCGAGCCAAUCGAAGUCUCGGAUGAGAUCAAUCCACUGUACCAGUAUACCAUUCGCGACAAAAUGAUAUUGACGGCUAAGCUAACGCCGGUGGGCAUUGGCCUGGCCAGCAGUCCUGACUCCUCCAGCGAUUCAAGCACCGGUUCACCACCAAGGCCUUGUCCGGAUAUGCAGCGCGUCGAAUCCGAGAGCACGCUGCCCGGCGUGAUUAUAUCCCAGCACUAUCAGUACACUGAGUUCUUUUUAAAGCUCUAUCAAUUGGGCAGCGACUUGGAGCACGGCCGGCUGCGUGAUAGCGCCAAGGUGCUGUUGCAUCUGUUGCCCUGUGAUCGUCAUACAAUGCGCAUGCUGCAGCUCAUGUGCCGUGUCCCAAAGUCGCCCGCCGGCGAUGGCCCCAAAGAGGAGGAUGCCCUGUCCAGUAGUGGACAAGCACCUAGCGAUACGCUAAAUGCCGAGGACUGCACACCAGAGCAGAUGUUUCUGCAUCCGGCACCAGCCCAGGUGCUAUACAAUCUGAGUGUUCUUCAUGGACUAUUGAUACCCGCGCUAGAUCCGCUGGGCGAGUCAGCGCUACAGGUGCAGUCCGCCUGGAUGCAUUCGGGGUGUGCUCAUUUCGUGCUGGAGCUGCUCACCAAGAACAACUUUUUGCCCAGUGCCGAUAUGCACACAAAGCGAGCCUCCUUCCAGUGUGUGCUGCGUCUGGCCAAACUGUUUCUAUACAUAGUGGGUAGCGUACUCUCCCGCGUGGGCGAUGAACCAAUGAUCUGUGACUAUGACAAUGGCGCUCGAUCCCAGGUGGACAUACUGAAGCAGAACUUUUCGACGAUGCCCAACAAUGCGCAAGGGACGCUGCGCGCUAUUUCGGCGAAACUCGCAGAGAUAUUGGCCACUGAGAUGCUGUCGGCAAGUCACGAAGGCGAACGUUGUCGUGCACUGUUUAGUUCUACGUUGCAAUGGUCCUGUCCAGAUAUAACCACAAUUAAGGCUGUGGUGCAGCUGGCCUGGGCUUCGUCGUGCGGUAAUCUGCAAGCUCUAGGCAGCACCAACGAUUUCGAGGAUGAUGCCAUCAUACCCGAUGGCCAGGACUUUAGCAUGUGCAAGGAAGCGCUCGAGGUAUUAACGAUCUCUUUUAUACUCAAUCCCAGCGCCAACGAGGCGUUGAGCAACGAUGCCAAUUGGCCCAAAUUCAUUACCUCAAUUGUGCUGAAGAAUCCUCUGCGUCAUGUUCGCCAAGUGGCAUCUGAGCAGCUGUUCCUGGCCUCUACCUACUGUGCCGGCGAUCGUCGUCCGUUUGUCUACAUGGUCAAUCUGCUCGUGAGCGCACUGAAAACGUUGGUGCCCCAAUACGAGGCCACCUGCGCGGAGUUCUUCUCGGUCCUAUGUCGCACGCUCUCCUAUGGCUGCAUCUAUAAUUGGCCACUGCAGAUUGGAGAGGGCCUGCUGGGCGAUGAGAUCAAGUGGCUACGCAAGAUACGCGAAAACGUCAAGGUUUCUGGUGAUACACAGGUGCACGAAGAGCUCCUCGAAGGACAUCUGUGCCUGGCCAAAGAGCUAAUGUUCUUUCUGAUGCCCGACUCGAAGGCGCAGCUGAACGAGCUGAUACACGAGCUCAUCGACGACUUCUUGUUUACGGCAUCGCGCGAGUAUCUGCAUUUACGCAAGCAUGGCAGCCUGCGCUUGGACACGGUGCCACCACCAGUGUGCCGCAGUCCGCACACAAUUGCUGCUGCUUGUGAUCUUCUCAUUGCUUUGUGCCAGCUCUGUGUUCCUAAUAUGAAGCUACUCACCAAUACACUCAUUGAUUUCGUCUGCACGGAUACCGAUCCACUGCGCGAAUGGGACUAUCUGCCGCCCGUUGGAGCUCGGCCAGUUAAAGGUUUCUGUGGCUUGAAGAACGCUGGUGCCACUUGCUAUAUGAACUCAGUGCUGCAACAGCUUUACAUGGUGCCAGCUGUGCGCGUGGGCAUCCUCAAGGCCCACGGCGCCGCUACCAAUGACAACGAAGACUUUAGCGGUGAUUCCGAUCUGACUAGUGGCAGUGGCCUGGGCUCAUCAUUUUUUGGGCCUUCGGGAAUACCCUCGAUCUCGUCGUCAUCCGUAACUGCUGCCAUGGGUUCCGAUGAUAGCAGCGAUGUGCGAAAGAACUACCAUGUGAUCAUACUGAAGCAUGUCCAGGCCAUUUUCGCUCACCUGGGCCACAGUGCAUUGCAGUUUUAUGUGCCUCGCGGUCUUUGGACACACUUUAAAUUGCAAGGCGAGCCGGUGAAUCUUCGCGAGCAACAGGAUGCUGUUGAGUUCUUCAUGUCGCUGUUCGAGAGCCUCGAUGAGGGACUGAAGGCACUCGGCUACACGCAGCUAAUGAAUGCAACAUUGGGUGGCUCGUUUAGCGAUCAGAAGAUUUGCCAAGAGUGCCCACAUCGCUACUCCAAAGAGGAACCAUUUAGCGUAUUUAGUGUUGAUAUUAGGAAUCAUAGCUCAUUAACUGAAUCUCUGGAGCAGUAUGUCAAGGGAGAGCUGCUCGAGGGAGCUGAUGCAUACCAUUGUGAUAAAUGUGAUAAAAAAGUAGUUACCAUUAAGCGGCUAUGUGUCAAGAAGCUGCCGCCCGUGUUAGCCAUACAAUUGAAGCGCUUUGAAUACGACUACGAGCGCGUUUGCGCAAUUAAGUUUAAUGAUUAUUUUGAAUUUCCGCGUAUACUCGAUAUGGAGCCCUACACAGUUUCUGGCCUAGCUAAGCUAGAGGGCGAAGUUGUGGAAGUAGGUGAUAAUUGUCAAACAAGUGUUGAAACAACAAAGUACGAACUGACAGGCAUUGUGGUGCACAGCGGGCAGGCAUCCGGUGGCCAUUACUUCAGCUACAUAGUAUCCAAAAAUCCAGCAAACGGCAAGAGCCAGUGGUACAAGUUUGAUGAUGGAGAGGUAACUGAAUGCAAAAUGCACGAGGAUGAGGAAAUGAAAGUGCAAUGCUUUGGCGGCGACUACUUGGGCGAGAUCUACGAUAACAAUCUGAAACGCAUGCAAUAUCGCCGUCAAAAGCGCUGGUGGAAUGCCUACAUGCUAUUCUACACGCGCUGCGAUCAGAAUCCCACAAACUUUGAGCCGAGUGUGGAGCAGCUGUCGCUAACAGAGAGCCGCAAUGGGGUGCUGCCACUGCCGAAGCCGAUUGAGCGUAGUGUCAGACAUCAAAAUAUUCGUUUCCUGCAUUCACGCAGCAUUUUCUCGGUGGAGUUUUUUAAUUUUAUUAAAAAGCUAGUCAGCUGCAGUAUUCCUUCGACGCGCAGCGAUAAAAUUACACCUGCUGCUGAGGAACUAUCUCUGCUUGGCGUGCAGUUAGCAUCACAAUUUCUGUUCCACACUGGGUUUCGCACUAAGAAAUCGCUGCGUGGCCCCAUCAUCGAAUGGUAUGAUACCCUGUCACAUCACAUACGUUCCUCGUCAUUGGUGCGCAAGUGGUUCGCAAAUCAUGCGCUCCUUUCGCCACCAUCGCGCCUGGGCGAGUAUAUAUUGAUGGCGCCCUCGCCGGAGGUACGCACCGUGUUCGUUAAACUGGUUGUGUUCUUUUGCCACUUUGCUAUCAACGAUGAGCCGUUGGUUGGAUAUGAGGGAAGCAAUCUCUGCGAGCAGGUUCUUAUUAGUGUGCUACGUCUGCUCAAGUCCGAGGCUGCUGAUUAUGGCAAGCAUUUACCGCACUACUUCAGUCUAUUCAGCAUGUAUGUGGGUCUGGGCACGCGAGAAAAGCAACAGUUACUUAAGCUAAAUGUGCCCGUGCAGUUUAUGCAGGUGGCCAUGGACGAUGGAUCUGGACCGUCGAUUAAGUAUCAGUAUCCGGAAUUCAGCAAGCUGCAUCAAGUUGUGUCCCAUUUGGUGCGCUGCAGUGAUGUUAGCGAAAAGUGUCAGAGCUCCAAUCAAAAUGCGCGACCUCUGCCCAAUCCUUAUAAGGAUCCUAAUAUUUCCCAAGAGGAUUUAACGCCACUGUCCAGCGAGUGUAUGGACAUUCUCUUCAAUCGGACCGGCUAUAUCAAAAAGGUCAUUGAGGAUACGAAUGUGGGUGAAGAGGGCUUAAAGCUGCUCCAGUAUUGCAGCUGGGAAAAUCCGCAUUUCUCGCGUGCCGUACUCACUGAGCUGCUGUGGCAGUGUGGCUUCGCUUAUUGCCAUGAUAUGCGCCAUCACACAGACUUGCUGCUGAACAUUUUGUUGAUCGAGGACUCUUGGCAGCACCAUCGCAUACACAAUGCACUGAAUGGCGUGGCCGAGGAACGUGAAGGGCUUCUAGAGACGAUACAACGGGCUAAGACACACUAUCAGAAGCGCGCCUAUCAGAUAAUCAAAUGCCUAACGCAGCUGUUCCACAAAUCGCCAAUUGCGCUCCAAAUGUUAAACACUAAUCCUACUAUUACCCGCCAUUGGACUAUUGCUGUUGAAUGGCUUCAGGAUGAGCUGGAGCGCCAGCGCGGAAUCGGCUGCCAGUAUAACUCGUACUCAUGGUCUCCGCCGGCACAGAGCAAUGACAACACAACUGGCUAUAUGCUAGAGCGUUCACAAUCGGCAAAGAACACCUGGUCUAUGGCCUACGAACUGUGCCCGGAGGAGGUGAGCGAGAAAGCUACCACGCAGGAUCAGGAGGAGAACAACGAAUCCGAUUUGGAGUCGAAUGAUGACAACAAGCAGGAGCAACAGGCGUCACAAGCACAGCAACCGCCCGUCGCAGAUGGAAAUGUUGGUAAUGAGCAACAGCAGCCUGACAACAAAUCUGCAAACUAUCCCCAAUUAACAACAAUCCCAACAAUUGGCGGAUGGCCCGGUCCCGCUCCGAGCUCAACACCGACAACAGCACUCGCACCAAACUCCUCGGCGGCCGUCGAUGUUAAUGGAAUACCGCGUUUGUCGCGUCAAUUGUUCAGCGCCUACACUUCAAUGGGUGUGGGCUCCUCUGUUGCUCCGACUGUCGGUGGCGGUGGUGGCAGCGGGAGCGGCGCUAACAGUGAAACCGAGAGCAGCGCCCAAGAAUCGAGCAACACUGACUCUACCAUAAAUGGCCUCACUAACAGUGUGGAGCAUCUGAAAAUGUCAAUGGAAAAGCAGUCGGCGCACAGGAGAGAGCGAAGAAGGCCAUUGAAAAAAAAGAAUGUAUUUGGAAAUGUGGAGGACUGCGAGGAACUAACAGCAACAGAGGCAACCACUACACCAACGCCCGCAACAGCAACAACAGCGUCUAGCGAAGUUGUAACCGCGGCAACAACAGUUGCAGAUAGCACAACUGCAGCAACAACAGCAGCUACGGCCAGUGAGACAACACCACUAAUACCAAUAACAGACACAACGGCAACUGUAUUAACCACACCGGCAGACACAACAACAACCACUACAACGACACCAACACCAACACCACCAACAACAACAACAACAACAACGGGAGCGGCUGAACUCAAUACAAUAAUGGAGAAGAACUUAAUUUAAAGUACAUAGGAAACGAAACGAAUAGUUUUUCAUUAAAAAUUAUUAAUCGCAAAAAUAAUAAUAACAACAAU